UCACCUCUAUCUAAUAGAGUUGUGUGGAGUAGUAAUAAAAACCUUGCAUAGAAAAGGAGUGAAGUUGGUAAGUUUUUGGUCAGGCAUAAAUAUACAUCAACACCAUAAACAAAGCAUCGGAAUAGCCGGACAGAGCAGAGGAUCGAUCGGAAUAGGCGUACGAUUCUCAUAUAGGAGCAGUGGAGGUACCCUCUAGGCUCUAGCACUUACCCGCACCUCCCUCAAGUUCAUCCGUCGCCCUCAUGCUCCACGCACACAGCCACCGAGAGAAGCAGCGGCGGCUUCGGGACAAGAGAAGGAAGACAUUCAGAAGGCAGCCCAGUCCAGUGGUUUCGUUGGUUAGGUGAUCAGCUCCUCGGCAACAACUCCGAGAAAUCCCGCACCUUGUGGACGAUUUUUGUGUAAGAUUUCAGGUUUUUGCUUGGCUGGGUUCACCUGUGGGAUCAGGCCGGAGGAGAGGAGCCAUUCUUGAGCUCAGCUGCGCGGACCUGCUGGCUGCUGCAGUGGAGUGGCUCAGCAAUGAAUCGCAUCUGCUCCAAGAGGUAGAAGAAGCGCUUGUUGGCGAUUCCGCGUCGGCGGUGGUUUUAUUCUGCAAGAGCUAAUGCUCAGGAUGGAGAGCGUAGAUUCGCCCUCUCCGAGGUGCCAGGCUCAGCAUCAACAGAAUGCCGGCGAACCGAAGGAUUAUAACAGCACCAGUAAAACGCAGCCGCACAGCACUGAGAUUCCAUGCUCUUUGGUACAAGAGGUCCAACACCUGGAGAAGCGACUAAACGAUCAGUUUGCCAUGCGGCGUGCUCUAGAGAAAGCAUUAGGUCACAAGCCUUGUGCUAUCCAUUUAUCAAAAGACUGUUACCUUCCAAAGCCUACUGAGAAGCUCAUAAAGGAGAUUGCGGUACUGGAGCUAGAAGUCAUAUGCUUGGAGCAGCAUCUCCUGACACUCUACCGGCAGGCCUUUGACCAACAAUUAUGCAGCACGGUUUCUGCUUGUGACAUGGAGAGAAGAAACAGGCAAUCGACAAGGUCGUUUUCAGGCACACGCUCUGAAACUUCGGCGUACGAUUUCUCAACCCCAAAGAAGCACCGAUUGGUGCAGUCCAGCCGCAUGGUUCAGGCACGCAGGUCGACAACGGCAGCGCUUAAUACUGAACCUGACAUUUCACAGCACAAUGACAGCAAGACUGCUAUCGGGCGCAGCCAUUCCUCGCUCCUGCCGCGUUCCAUCUGCUCGGCUAGAGUAUCCCCUUCAGCGAACAAUCUCGCUAGAGCUCUUAAACCAUGUCAUACUUCGCCUCUAACGUUCGUCGAGGAGGGCAAGUGCAUGGAUUCCAGCAUUGUAAGCUUAGCAGAUAUCCUGGGUACCAGGAUUGCAGAUCAUGUUCCUCAAACUCCUAACAAGAUAUCCGAGGACAUGAUCAAAUGCAUUGCUGGCAUAUACAUCAGGCUCAGAGAUGUCAGCGUUGUGCAACGCGCCUUCUUCCCCUCACCGUGCUCGUCCUUUUCAUCGGCGAGUGGGAUCUCUUCCAAAUUUACUGGUGAUAUAUGGAGCCCCAGAUGCAGGAAAGAAAGCUUUAUCGAGGCAUGGCAGGACAGUUCAUUCAGUUCGGGUGAUUUGGGCCAGCAAUGUGAUUCUGUAAUUGAGGUAUCUGCUCUCUGCAAGGGGGCCCAGAGGUCUGCCGAUGUGAAAGACAUGUUGUGUAAAUACAAAUCACUUGUUCAGCUGCUAGAAACAGUUGAUCUCGGUGGAAUGAAGAACGAAGAAAAGCUCGCCUUCUGGAUCAAUGUGCACAAUGCCAUGAUGAUGCAUGCUCAUAUUGAAUAUGGGAUCCCGCAGAGUAACAGCAAGAGAAUGCUGCUUACUAAGGUAUCCUACAUCAUCAGUGGCCAGAGGGUAAACGCGGAGUUGAUAGAGUACCAGAUCUUGUGCUGCCGAGUGCACUCUUCCGGACAGUGGCUCAGGCUGCUCCUGUACCCGAGAUGGAAGCCCAGGGACAAGGACGAGCUGCAGGGGUUCGCCGUCGACCGGCCCGAGCCUCUGGUGCACUUCGCGCUGUCCUCCGGAAGCCACUCGGAUCCAGUGGUGCGGCUGUACAGCCCGAAGCGGCUGUUCCAGCAGCUGGAGGCGGCCAAGGAGGAGUUCAUCCGGGGCAACGUGGGCGUGCGCGGGUCGGGGCGCGGCAGGGUGAUCCUGCCCAAGGUGCUGGAGUCGUACGCGAGGGACGCCGGGCUGGCCGCGCAGGAGCUGCUGCGCGUGGUGGAGUCGUGCCUCCCGGAGGGCCUCCGGGCGGCGGUGCGGCAGCAAGGGAGGGCGCGCGUGGAGUGGAGGCCCCACAACAUGGCCUUCAGAUACGCGCUGGCGCGGGAGCUGGUAGCGGUGGGGUCCCCGGCCGGCGUGCAGGCGCGGCAGGCGGUGACGCCUUCGGCUGCAUGAUCCCAUGAACCAUGAUGAUGAUAUGGCGUGGUGCUUGGCAGCUUGCUCCGUGCAAGAGUCCAAGAGAUGCAGCGGGAGAUUCAGAUCUGCAGUCAUCUUCUGGGCGUGAUCCUGUUGGAUGUACAGGGAGAAGGGUGGGUACGGGGCAUACAGCAAGGCACAAGGACUGCAUGCGUGCGUGUCGACGUGUAUAUCUGUUGCGAUGUCAUUCGUCGAUACGCGCUCGCGCUCGCACGGAAAUGUAGAGUAAAAUACACACGCGGUCCUGGAACUCGUCGGCCCGCUCCAAAACAGUCCUGAAACUCGCGAAUCGCUCCAAAACAGUCCCCAUACACGUGAUUAGGGUACACGUACGGUCCUGUGUACGUUUCUUAUACGCCGGACGCGCCAGGUCAUCCUCGCGAGCAGGUCCAGCCGGACCGCCUAAAUCAGAUCGAGCCUGGGAUAGCCAAAUUUUCCCUCCACCCAAAAAUCCCUAACCCUUAAUCCCAAAUCCUCUCCUCUCGAUGGGCGGCGGCAGCGUGAGCGAGAGGUCCUUCUCCGGCGCCGGUGGCAGCCGUCGGCCCUCCCCUCACCCUCAGCAAGGUUGUGUGCCGCACUUACGGCUCAGCGGCUCGAGGUUGUGCACGGCAUGCACACACGGCGCCGGCGGCUCGAGGUUGUCCGCCGCACGCACACACGGCGCCGACGGCUAGGAGCAGCGCCUUGAGGUUGUGUGCGGCAAGCACGCACGGCGCCCGAGGACUGGAGACCGGGUGCGUGACCCUCGUGCACUGCGGGAAUGGGCGUGCUGGAGGGUCUCAGGCAUGUGCUUUGGGCGACGGCGGCUCUGAUGUGAUUGAAGAAUUUCUGUAGUUGAUCAUUCAGUUGUUGCCUUCUCAAAACUAGUACUUGAUGGUCUGCUGUGACACUGAAGAUCAGUGGUUGAUGUACAUAAAAAAUUCAGAAUAUUUGUUGUGGCACUCAAGAUUAGUACUAGUUGAUCGUUUGCCGGUGGCAAAUGUCUAUUUAUUUUCUGUGCUCUGUUGAUGAACCGGCAUGUCAUGCAAUGUAAUGUUAGCUUGAGCCGGAAUGCUAUGCAAUGUAAGGCUUAUGAAUAUUCUGAAUGGUAUGCAAUGUUAGUCUGUUUGGUA